AUGUUUCCAGACUUGGCCACGGAGAGGGAAAUCUUGUCCCUGAGGGUACAGUGUGUAAAUGUCAUGGAAGAGUGCGCCUGGACUGGAGACCUUCGUGAGUUAGAAAAUCAUCGCAAGGUUUGCCAGAUGGAGCAACUGUUGUGCAACAAUGGCUGCACAAUGUCCAUAAAGCGCAAGGAUGUAAAUCACCACGAAGAAAGCUGUAGCCAUAGACUGGUGAAGUGUCCAUACUGUCCUGCAAAAGUCGUCCUGUAUCUGCUCAAGACUGAACGUCAUUUGAUGGCCGAGCAUCUACAUCAGACAGAAAUUGUACAGCAGCACCUGAAUCUGGCAUUGCAGCGAAUUGUCAAGAUGGAUCGGACGGUGCAAAAUCUGUCUAAUACUGUGACUAAUCUUGAGGAAAACAACCUGUCCGUGAUCCCGAUGCUGUUGCAAAAUGACAAGAAGCAUACACAGGCAGCAAGUGAGCUUCGAGAACGUAACAUCACAGGAAGGCUACACUGGAAGCUAAAGCUGAGUCAGCACAGACGCAGCUCUAGUUACUCAAGUCCUGCUUUCUAUACCGGAUGUCCUGGCUACAAGGUUCAGCUGAUAUUAGACAUGGAAGGACCACGUGAAGGCAGUGUCAAAUACACGAAGCUGAGCCUAGCUCUUCUUCCUGGCGAUUAUGAUUACCAAGUUGUCUUCCCCUUCAAUGGUACCUGCAUGGUGAAGCUGUUCGAUCAGUUCAUGAAAUGUGCAGAUCUUGUUGGCUCUCACUCCCGAUACUCGAAGAAUGGCUACCUGCACUUUGAGGCGACAGUGGUGCACUCCUACUACCCACAAGACGGUUCCUUCAACCAAGGCUGCGUCUGCUCCGCUUUGAUGCCCCAUGGACUAGACAUGGCGGUGACUCCCAAACGCCCGAUUGCCAGUUACAGUGACUCUACAACUCAUGCUCAGUCUGCCCAGAUCAUGCAGCUUUCAGCAAUAUCUAUUGGAAACUGA